AUGGCAUUUGGAGCCAUCGCCUCGACGGGCGUGUUGGGGCUGAGAUUCAACGAGGCUGGAGAGGAGUUACGUCUCAUCAAAACCUCCGAGUUCGACAACGGUACAUGGUACACUGAGCAAGAAAAACUCGACAUCUUUAUCUCCACACCUUCGUGUGCCCAUUUUAUGGAUAUCACAGACAGUAUGGAACUCGAGGAUCACCGUGUUGCUAUGGCCAAUGGUUUCAAAGUCGACAAGCGACAAUCCGCCAGCUUUCCAUCGGCCCCAUCUCACCAGGCUCAAGCCAAUCCACUGAUCGCUCAAAUCAGCAAAACCAACCCGAAGACUUGGAUAACAUCCCUCACUGAUAUCCAGAACCGAUAUUACCGUGGAUCGUAUGCCGCCUCGUCAGCCACUACAGUCUUCAAUCUGAUCAAGAGCGUUGCUGCUGUGAACACGAAGAUUACUGUUCGGCAAUUCACUCACAGCUACAACCAGCCUUCGGUUAUCGCUACAAUUCCCGGCACAUCUGCAAAUGUUGUCAUCGUGUCUAGUCAUUUCGAUUCCAUCAACCAAGCAAACCCAACCACCGGCCGAGCACCUGGCGCUGAUGACAAUGCCUCUGCUGUCGUCACUAUUCUGGAAGCUCUACGCGUUCUUGCUGCAGCCAAGUACGCUCCAAAGAACACCCUCGAGUUCCACUUCUAUUCAGGCGAGGAAGGUGGUCUCUUGGGUGCUCGUGCGGUUAUGCAAGACUACGUCACCCGUAAAGUGAAAGUUCUCGCUCUGAUGAAUCAGGACAUGACCGCUUACUCUCCCAACCACAACAUCGCCGUUUUCACCGACUACGUCAGCACACCUCUAACCAAUUACAUUAUCAAGCUCGUACCAGUGUACACUACUAUCCCAGUGAUUACCGAUACAUGUGGAUAUGCGUGCAGCGAUCAUGGUGCUGCCACAGACGCUGGAUUUGCGGCUGCCUACGUGGCAGAUGAGAACAUAGUUGACUCGAGUCCAUACAUUCACACUGCCAAUGAUGCGGUUUCCACGCUGGACUUCGACCACCUGUACCAGCAUGUGAGAUUGACCGUUGGUUUCCUAGUUGAAGGCUCCUACUUCUAAACGAAGUAAGACUUUCAUGUGCUAGGUUAGAUAAACAUGAUAUGCGCAACGGUGGACAUGCGGAUUCAAACUCCAC